AUGGCUGAAUUAACUAACUGUAAGACACCAAAUAAUACUACAUCCAUAUACCAAGUCCUCUCCUGGGUGAUGGCUGGAGAAUUCAUUCUGGGACUACCUCUUAAUCUCUCCGUGCUCUACAUCCUCGUUUUCAGGUUCAAAUUCUGGAAGAACAACUGCGUGUUCCUCUUCAACAUUGUGCUCGCUGAUUUUUUGCUGGUGGCCUGUCUUCCUAUCAGGAUUUACCAGUAUCAGAACAACUUGAGGGGCAGUGAGGAACCCAAAGUUUGUGGUCCACUGCUCUUUGUGCGGCUCUUCAAUCGAGGGGCUAACAUUGUCUUCCUUAUCAUGAUGUCUCUGGACCGCUACUUCAGUGUAGUCCAUCUUGGGAGGAAAAACUGUGUGAAGAUUUUUAAGCAGUCUCCACUGAUCUCUGUGAUUAUAUGGGUGAUGUUACUGCUGCUCACCACCCCCACGAUGAUAAGAAGGGUUGAUUGCUGCAACAGCUGCGGCCGAGAGAAGCCCACACUCCCUAACAUGUUGACUGACUCCUACAGAGAGAUCAUCUUCUUCUCUCAAAUCGUCAUCCCCUACAUCAUCCUCAUUUACUGCACCGCUCGCAUCGUCAGUCGACUGCGGAGGAAGACGAUUGGGGAGAAGGCCAAGCUGAGGAGAGCUGUGUUUGCCGUUGUGUCUGUCGCCAUAGUCUUCUCCAUCUGCUUCCUGCCGUGCACAAUAGCCCGGGCUGCGCUGCUGAUUGUGCGGGUGAAAGAAUGGACGCAAGAAGUGAAAGUAGCUGUCCAGGUGUACGACGCCCUCAUGGUUUUGUCCUACGCUGAGUGCUUGCUGGACCCACUGGUUUACUUCUUCUGCAACUCAGAGUUUAAAGUUGCUUACAUCUCCACUUUCUUCCCGCCGUUUCUUAAGAAGAAACUGCUGGAACUGCACAGAUCGCCUCCUGCUCAGACCAGGAAAGAGCUGCUUCGGACCAUGGGCCCUGCACGGGCCUGA